GGUUUACUAACCUGCCAAAUUUGACAUCAGCUCACUAGCGCCACAUUGGCGCAAUUUAUUUGGGAGAAGGAACACUUGUCGUGAACUCUGAUUUUGUUUGAGAGACAGUUGGGUCUGAAGUUAUUCAAAUAUGGACGAAGAAGAAAGAGCACAUGGUUUCACAUUAAAAUUUAACUACACAGGCGAGGAGUUGACUGAAAAGAAACUGUUUACGUGGUUAAAUCGAUGUUUUCCUCAAAAUCAAAAUAUUUUAUAUGCACGAUUAGCAAGCAAGAAAAAAGUGAUUAUUGUUUAUGAUUCUACAACAAAUGUUUUCGAUGUCAUACAAAAUAUGGGAAGCGAGGUACAAAUGUGCUGCAUAGGCAAGGAAUAUGCCGAGCAUUACAGAAUUAUCGGCAUGGAAAUAAUAAUGAAUGAUACAAAACUAUGUGUUGUGGAGUUGUUGCCUUCAUUGACAUCGUCUUGUUUCAAUCUGACAGUACUUAGGAAAUACUUAGAACAAUUUGGCAAGGUAUUCGAAAUUUCACGCGAAAGAAAAAAGGGUAUCUGCACUGGAAUUAUUAGAACGCUGAUGGCUUUAAAAGAUGAAUCUCAAAUUCCAGAAGUAAAAGAAUAUGGAGUCUUUAAAAUUAUUCCAUAUCGUUCGGACAUGUUUAAUUAUUGGAGUGAUGAAACAACAGAGAAAUUUUACGAUGACUUGCUCUUAUGUUGGAAUUACACCGAAAAAGAUGCCGAUUAUUCAGAUUAGAUUCAAGUUAGAAAUAAAUGAUUAUGAUUCAGAUUAGAAAUAAAUGAUUACGUAAUUAAUAAUUCACCUUUU